AUGUCUGGUAGUAGGAUUAUUUGGGUUCUCUGGUUCCUGUUAAUCGUGAUCCUUAUCAUCUCCAAAGCUUGCACAUCUCCUGGAGGAUCCAUUAAUGCUUCUAGUGGUCACAUUUCCAGCCCCAAUUUUCCCAGAAACUAUACCGCAAACAAGACUUGUAUCUGGAAUAUCACGGUACCCAUUGGCAAGAUCAUAAAACUGAUCUUCUUGAACUUUACCCUUGUAACAAAUGAAACCGAGAAUUGUACUGGAGCGGCGCCAUCAAGCGCCCGAGUUUUUAUUACAAACGUUGCUUCACAUCAAGGAGAUCCAAAUGACUUUCAGCUUUGUGGUCAAAAGCUUUCCGACCCUGUAUACUCCGAGGGAAAUUUCAUUCAAGUGAAAUUUGAAUCCCGCACCGGUCCUAGUUUACAUGUCAGUGUCUCACUGAGUUCAAGUAGCAGCAGCUCUAGUGUCUCACCAAGUUUGAACAGCAGUAGCUCCAGUUUAUCAUUAACUUCACCAAGCAGCACCUUUAUUAUCUCACGGACUACAAGAAGCAACAGUUCAACUUUCCCACUAAGUUUAAGUGGGAACAGCUCAAUUGUCUCACAGAGCUCCGCUAGCAGCAGUCCCAAUGUUUCACCAGGUUCAGGUAGCAGUAGCUCCACUUUUUCACAAAGUUCAAGCAGCAGCAGCACCUCCAUUAACGUACUGAGUAUAAGUAGCAGCAGCUCCAAUGUCAAACUUAGUUCAAGUAGCAGCAGCUCCACUGUCUCACCAAGUUCAUACAGUAGCAGCUCCAUUAUUGCUCUGAAAUCGAGAAGCAGCAGUUCCAUUGUCACAAAAGGUUCAAGUAGCAUCGGCUUUAUUGUCCCACUCAUUUCAAGUAACAGAACCAAUGCCAUUGUCUCACAGAGUUCAAAUAGCACCAGCUCCAUUGUCACACUAGUUUCAAGUAGUACCAGCUUCAGUGUCUUACUAAUUGCAAGUAGGCGCGUCACCAUUGUCUCACAGAGUUCAAGUGGAAGCAGAUCCACCGUCCCUCAGAUUUCAGAAAGUGGUAGUGCCAAUGUCUCACUGACUUCAAGUAGUAGCAGUUCUACUGUUUCACAAAGUCCAGGUAGCAGAAGCUCCAGUAUCACGCUCAUUUCAAGUAGCAGUAGCUUCAUUGCUAUUGUCUUACAGAGAUCAAGUAGCAGUAGCUUGAUUGUCUCAACGAGUUCAGUAAGCAGCAGUUCCAUUGUUUUGCUGGGUUCGAGUAGCAGCAGCUCCAUUGUUGCACUAAGUUUGAGCAGCAGCAGCGCCAUUGUCGCAAAGAGUUCAAGCAGCAGCAGAUCUAGUGUUUCAUCGAGUUCAAGUAGCAACAGCACUCCCCUUACCCUGAUUUCAAGUAGCAGCAGCUCCAUUGUUACACUGAGCUCAAGAAGCACCAGCUCCUCUGUCUCACUAACGUCAAGUAGCAACAACUCUACUGUUGCACUGACUGCAAGUAGCAGCAGUUCCAUUGUUGCACCGAGUUCAAGUAGCAGCAGCUCUCCUGUUGCACUUAGUUCAAGUAGCAGCAGUUCCAUUGCCGCGCCGAGUUCAAUUAGCAGCAGCUCUAGUGUCUCACUAGGUUCAAGUAAAAGCAGCCCCUCUGUUGCCUUGAGUUCGAUUGGUAGCAGCUCCACUGUCUCACGUAGAAGCAGCUCUAAUUUCGCACUGACCUCAAUUAGCGGCAGCUCUAAUGUCUCACCAAGCUCAGUUACCGGCAGUUCGCCUGUUGUACCAGGUUCAAGAAGCAGCAGCUCCAUUGUUGCACUAAGUUCGAGUAGAAGCAGCUCUGUUGUCGCACUGAGUUCAAGUAGCAGCAGCUCUACUGUCUCACCAAGUACAGCUAGCGGCAGUUCUCCUGUUGCGCUAAGUUCAAGAAGCAGCAGCUCCAUUGUUACACAGAGUCUAAGUAACGACAGUUUUAUUGUCUUACAGAGUUCAAGUAGCAGUAGCUUUAAAUUCUUAACAAGUUCAAGCGGCAGCAGCUCCAUUCUUAAACUGAGCUCGACUGGCAGCAGCUCCGUUAUCGCACUCAAUUUAAGUAGCAGCAGCUUCUUUUUCGCACUGGGUUCAAGUGGCAGCAGCUCAAAAAUCGCACUGAGUUCCAACAGCAGCCGUUCCUCUGUCACACUGAGUGAAAUUACCAGCACCUACAGUGUCUCACCAACGUCUACUAGCAACAACAUUCCUGUUGUCCUGGUUUCAAGUAGCAGCAACUCCAUUGUUGCUCUGAGUUCAAGUAGCAGGAGCUCUAGUGUCUUACUAGGCUCAAGUAGCGCCAGUUCUCCUAUUGCACUGAGUUCAAGUAGCAUCAGCUCCAUUGUCGCAACGAGUUCAAUCAGCAGCAGCUCUAGUGUCUCAUCGAAUUCAAGUAGCAGUAGCCCUCUCGUUGCCCUGAUUUCAGGUAGCAGCAUUUCCAUUGUUGCACUGAGUAGCAGCACCUCCGCCAUAUCAUUCAUGUCAAGUAGCAGCAUAUCUAUUGUUGUACUGAGUUCAAGUAGCAGAAGCUCCAUUGUUGCACCAACCCCAAGUAGCAGCAGCUCCAUUGUUGAACUGUUUUCUGGUAGCAGUAGCUUCACUGCCUCACUAACGUCUAGUAACAGCACUUCUAAUGUCCCACUGACUUCCUGUAGCAGUUGCUCCAUUGUUCCACCAAGCUUAAGCAGCAGCAGCUCUAGUGUCCUACCAAGUUCACGUAGCAGCAGCUCUCCUGUUUCACUAGUUCCAAAUAGCAGCAGCUCCACUGUCUCACUAACGUCAAGUAGCAGCAGCAGUAGCUCAAUUGUCGCACUAAAUUUAAGCAGCAGCAGCUCUAUUGUUGCACCGAGUUCAAGUAGCAAGAGCUUUCGUUUCAUAACAAGUUUAGGCAGCGGUAGCUUCAUUGUUGCACCGAGUUCAAAUACUAAAAGCUUUAGUGUCAUACCAAGUUUAGGUAGCAGCAGCUCUCCUAUUGCACUGAGUUCAAGUAGCAACACUUUCAUUGGUGCACCGAGUUCAAGUAGCAGCAGCUCUACUUUCUCACUAACCUCAAGUAGCAGAAACUCUAAUGUCGCACUGGGUUCAAGUGGCAGCAGCUACAUUGUUGCACCAAGUUCAAAUGACGGCAGCUUUAGUGUUUCAUCAACUUUAAAUAGCAGCAGCUCUCCUGUUGCACUAAAUCCAAGUAGCAGCAGUUCCAUUCUUGCAGUGGGUUUGAGUAGCAGCAGCUCCUCGGUCUCACUGACGUCAAGUAGCAGCAGCUCUAUAGACGCAACAAGUUUCAUUAGCAACAGCUCUAAUGUUUCACAAAGUUCAGGUAGAAGCAGCCCUGCUAUUGUUCUGAUUCCAAGUAUCAGCAGCUCCAUUGUUAAAUUGAGCUCAAGUAGCAGGAGGUCCGCUGUCUCACUAACGUUACGUAGCAGCAGCGCUAUUGUCAUGCUGAGUUCAAAUAGUAGCAGCUCCAUUAUUGCACCUAUUUCAAGUAGCAGCAGCUCUAAUGUGUUACCAAGUUCAAGCAACGGCAGCUCUCCUGUUGCACUGAAAUCAAGUGGCAGCAGCUCCACUGUCUCACUAACUUUAGGUAGGAGUAGCACUAUUUUCCCACUGAGUUCAAGUGACAGCAGCUCCAUUGUUGCACCGAGUUCAACUAGCAACAGCUUUAGUGCCUUACCAAGUUCAAGUAACAGCAGCUCUCCUAUUGCAGUGAUUUUAAGAAGCAGCACCUUCAUUGUUGCCCCGAUUUCAAGUAGCAGCAGCUCCACUAUCUCAUUAACGUCAGAUAGCAGCAGCUCAAUAGGGACACUCUCUUCAAGUAGGAGCAGCUCAAUUGUUGCAACGAGCUCAAGCGACAGCAGAUCCAAUUUCUUAUCAGUUUUAAGUAGCAGCAGCCUUCCUGUUCUCCUGAUUCCGCGUAGCAGCUCCAAUGUUGCACUAAGUUUGAGUAGCCGCAGCUCCUCUGUCUCACUAACGUCAAGUAGCAGCUGCCUUACUCUCUCACUAAUAUCAAGCAGCAGCAGCUCCAUAGUUCCUGUGAGCUCGAGUGGCAGCAGCUCCAUUGCUGCUUCAAGAUCAAGUAGUAGGAGCUCUAGUGUCAUGUCAUCAUCAAGUAGCAGCGGCCCUCCUAUUCUCCUGAUUCCAAGUACCAGUAGCUCCAUUGUUAAAUUGAGCCUAAAUAGCAUUAGCUCCACUGUCUUACUAACGUCAAGUAGCAGUAACUCUAUCGACACAACGAGUUCAAUUAGCAGCAGCUCCAUUCCUGCACCGAGCCUAAAUAGCAGCAGCUCUAGUGUCUUACCAAGUUCAAGUAGCAGCAGAUCCAUUGUUUCACUUAGUUCAAGUAGCAGCAGCUCUACAAUCUCACUAACGUCAAAGAGCAGCAGCUCUAUUGCCACACUAAUCUCAAGUGGCAGGAGCUUUCCUGUUGCACUGGGUUCAAUUAUCAGCACUUCCAUCGUCGCAUCGAGCUCAAUAAGCAGCAGCUCCGAUGCCUCUCAAGGCUCACGCAGCAGCAGCCCUCUUGUUGCCCUGAUUUCAAAUACAACCAGUUCCAUUGCUUCACUGAGUGCAAGUACCAGCGCUAGCAGCCUUACUGUCUCACUAAUAUUAAGUAGCAGCAGCUCUAUAGUAACAAUAAGUACCAGAAGCUCCAUAGUUGCACUGAGUUCAAGUAGGAGCAGCUCUAAAGUCUCACUUACGUCAAGUGGCAGCAGCUCCAUCGUCGCACUAAGUUCAAGUGGCAGUAGCUCCACUGUAGCACCAAGCUCAAGUAGCAGCAGCACUAGUGUCUUAAGAAGUUCAAGUAGCAGCAGGUCCACUGUCUCACUAUCGUUAAGUAACAUCAAAUCUUCCGUUGCACUAAGUUUGACUAGCAGCAGCUCCACUGUCUCACUAACGUUAAGUUGCAGUAGCUCUAGAGUCGAACUGAGUUCAAGUACCAGCAGCUCUAUCAUUGCACUGAGUUCAAGUAGCAGCAGCUCUAGUGUCAUAUCAAGUUCAAGUAGCAGUAAUUCCCCUGUUAUACUGAGUUCACGUAACAGCAGUUUUAUUAUUGCAACGAGUUCAAGUAACAGUAACUCUACUGUCUCGCUAACUACAAGUAGCAGCAGCUUUAUUAUCGCACUGAGUUCGAGUAGCAGGAGCUCCAUUGUUCGACCAAGCAUAAGUAACAAUACCUUUAGUGUCUUGCCAACCUCAAGUAGCAGCUCUCCUGUUGCGCCAAGUUCAAGUGGCAGCGGCUUUAGUGUUUCAUCAAGUGUAGAUAGCAGUAGCCCUCUUGUUGCCCUCAAUCCAAGUAGCAGCAGCUCCAUUGUUACAAUGGGUUCGAGUAGCAGUAGCUCCUCGGAAUCACCAACAUCAAGUACCAGCAGCUCUAUUUUUGCACCAAUUUCAAUUAAAACGAGCUCCAGUGUCUCAUUAAGCUCAGAUAGCAGCAGCCCUCCUGUUAUCCUGAUUCCAAGUACUAGCAGCUCCAUUCUUGAGUUAAGCUCAAGUAGCAGCAGUUCCACUGUUUCAAUUACGUCAAGUAACAGCAGCUCUAUUGUCACGUUUAGUUCAAGUAGCAGCAUCUCCAUUGUUACGCUGAGUUCAAGUAGCAGCAGCUCGACCGUCUCACUAAGAUCAAGUAGUAACAGCUCUAGUAUCAUACCAAGCUCAAAUAGCAUCAGCUCUCCUGUUGUAAUACGUUUAGAUAGCAGCCGACUUUUUGCCCUGAUUUCAAAAAGCACCACUGUUAUUGUUGCACUAAGUUCGAGUACCAGCAGCCUCACUGUCUCACUAACAUCAAUUGGCAGCAGCUCUAUAGUCGCACCAACAUCUCCUGUUGCACUAAGUUUAAGUAGCAGCAGCCUUACUGUCUCACUAACAUCAAAUGGCAGCAGCUCUAUAGUCGCACUAACUUCCAGUAACAGCAGCUCCACUGUCCCCCCAACUUCAAGUAGGAGUAGCUCUAUUUUCGCACCGACUUCAAGUAGGAGCAGCUCUAGUGACUUACUAAAAUCAAGCAUCAACAGCUCUCUUAUUGCACCGAGUUCAAAUGGCAGAGGCGUCACUGUCUCGCUAACGUUAAAUAGAAGCAGCUCUAUUGUCGCACUAAUAUCAAGCGGCAGCAGCUCUAGUGUCAUACCAAGUUCAACCAGCAGCACCUCUCCCGUUGCACUCAGUUCAACUAGCAGCAGUUUCAUUGUUGAACCGAGUUCAAGUAGCAGUGGCUCUAAUGUCUCACUAACUUCAAGUAGUAGCAGCUCUAGUGUCUUAGCAAGUUCAAGUAGCAGCAGUUUAAUUGUUGAAACGAGCGGCAGCUCUCACGUUGCACUGAGUUCAAGUAGCAGCAGUUUCAUUGUUACACCGAUUUCAAGUCGCAGCAGCUCUACUGUCUCACUAAUAUCAAGCAGCAGCAGCUCUAGUCCUACACCAAGUUCAAGUAGCAGCAGCUCUCCCAUUGCACUAAGUUUAAGUAGCAGCAGUCCUACUGCUGCACCGAGUUCAAGUAGUAGCAGCUCUACUGUCUCACUAACUUCAAGUAGUAGCAGUUCAAGUAGCAGCAGCUCUACUCUCUUACCAAGUUCAAGUAGCAGUGGCUCCGUCUCUGCACCGAGUUCAAGUGGCAGCAACCUUAGUUCCUCAUCAAGUAGCUCGAUAAUCGCACUGUGUUCAAGUAAUAGCAGCUCCACUGUCUUACUAAUAUCAAGCAGGAGCAACUCUAGUGUCAUACUAACCUCAAGUAGCAGUAGCUUUCCUGUUGCACUGAUUCUAAGUAAUAGCAGUUUCAUUAUUGCACCGAGUUCAAGUGGCAACAGCUCUACUGUCUCACUAACCUCAAUUACUAGCAGCUCUAGUGUCUUAGCAAUUUCGAGUAGCAGCGCCUUUAUUAUUGCACCGAGUUCAAGUGGCAGCACCUUUAGUUUCUCAUUGAAUAGCUCUACUGUCGCACUGAGUUUAAGUCACAGCAGCUCCACUGUCUCACUAACAUCAAGCAGCACCAGCUCUAGUGUCAUACCAAGUUCAAGCAGCAGCAGCUCUCCAGCUCCACAGAGUUCAAGUAGCAGCAGUUUCAUUGUUGAACCGAGUUCAAUUAGUAGCAGCUCUGGUGCCUUAGCAAGUGCAAGUAGCAGUGGCUUUAUUGUUGCACAGAGGUCAAGUGGCAGCACUUUUAGUUUAUCAUUGACUAGAUCUACUGUCGCACUCAUUUUAAGUAGCAACAGCUUUACUGUCUCACUAAUAUCAAGCAGCAGUAGCUCUAGUAUCAUACCAGGUUUAAUUAGCAGCAGCUCUCCCGUUGCACUGAGUUCAAGUAGCAGCAGUUUCAUUAUUGCACCGAGUUUAAGAGAAAGCAGCUCCACUGUCUCACCAAUAUCAAGCAGUAGCAGUUCUAGUGACAUAACAAGUUCAAAAAGUUCAAGUAGCAGCGGCUUUAUUGUUGGACCGAGCUCAAGUGGCAGUACAUUUAGUUUAUCAUUGAGUAGCUCUACUCUCGCACUGAGUUUAAGUCACAACAGCUCCACUGUCUCACUAAUAUCAAGCAUCAGCAACUCUAGUAUCAUACCACGUUCAAGUAGCAGCAGCUCUCUCGUUGCACUCAGUUCAAGUAGCAGCAGCUCUCUUGUCUCACUAACUUCAAGUAGUAGCAGCUCUAGUGUCUUAGAAAGUUCAAAUAGCAGCGCCUUUAUUGUUGCACCGAGGCCAAGUGGCAGCACAUUUAUUUUAUCAUUGAGUAGCUCUACCGUCCCACUCAGUUUAAGUCACAGCAGCUCCACUCUCUCACUAAUAUCAAGGAGCAGCAGCUCUAGUAUCAUACCAGGUUCAAGUACCAGCAGCUUUCCCGUUGCACUGAGUUCAAGUAGCAGCAGCUCCACUAUCUCACCAAUAUCAAGCAGCAGCAGUUCUAGUGUCAUAACAGGUUCAAGUAGCAGCAGCUCUCCCGUUGGACUGAGUUCAAGAAGCUACAGUUUCAUUGUUGCACCGAUUUCAAGUGGCAGCAGCUCUGCUGUCUUACUAACCUCAAGUAGUAGCAGCUCUAGCGUCUUAGCAAGUUCCAGUAACAGCGACUCCACUGUCUCACUAAUAUCAAGCAUCAGCAACUCUAGUAUCAUACCACGUUCAAGUAGCAGCAGCUCUCUCGUUGCACUCAGUUCAAGUAGCAGCAGUUUUACUGUUGCAUCGAGUUCAAGUAGCAGCAGCUCUACUGUCUCAUCAACCUCAAGUAGCAGCAACUCUAGUGUCUUACAAAGUUUAAGUAGCAGCGCCUCCAUUUUUGGACUGAGGUCAAGUGGCAGCAGCUUUAGUUUUUCUUUAAGUAACUCUAUUUUUGCAUUAAUUUCAAGUACGAGGAGCUCCACUGUCCUAUUAAUAUCAAACAGCAGCAGCUCUAAUUUCAUACCAAGUUCAAUUAGCAGCAGCUUUACUGUUGCACUAAGUUCAAGCAGCAGCAGCUUCAUUGUUGCCCGGAGUUCAAGUAGCAGCAGCUCUACUGUCAUACCAAGUUCAAGUAGCAGCGGCUCCAUUUCUGCACCGAGUUCAAGUGGCAGCAGCCUUAGUUUCUCAUCAAGUAGCUCUAUAAUCGCACUGAGUUCAAGUAGCAGCAGCUCCACUGUCUUACUAAUAUCAAGCAGCAGCAGCUCUAAUGUCAUACUAACUUCAAGUAGCAGCAGCUCUCCUUUUCCACUGAGUUUAAGUAAUAGCAGCUUUAGUUUUUCUUCAAGUAGCUCUAUUUUUGCAUUAAUUUCAAGUACCAAAAGCUCCACUGUCCUACUAAUAUCAAACAGCAGCAGCUCUAAUUUCAUACCAGGUUCAAUUAGCAGCAGCUUUACUGUUGCACUGAGUUCAAGCAGCAGCAGCUUCAUUGUUGCCCGAAGUUCAACAAUUUUAAUUAGCAGCGGCUAUAUUAUUGCUCCGAGUUCAAGUGGGAGCCGCUUUAGUUUAUCAUUGAGUAGCUCUACUGUCGCACUGACUUUAAGUCCCAGCAGCUCCACUGUCUCACUAGUAUCAAGCAGCAGCAGCUCUAGUGUCAUACCAAGUUCAAGUAACAGCAGCUCUCCCGUUGCACUAGGCUCAAGUAGCAGCAGCUCUACUUUCUCACUAACCUCAAGUAGUAGCAGCUCUAGUGUCUUUGAAAUUUCAAGGAGCAGCGGCUUUGUUGUUCCACCGAGGUCAAGUGGCAGCACAUUUAGUUUAUCACUGAGUAGCUCUAGUGUCGUACAGAGUUUAAGUCGCAGCAGCUCCACUGUCUCACUAAUAUCAAGCAGCAGCAGCCUUAGCGUCAUAUCAAGUUCAAGUAGCAGCAGCUCCUCGGUUGGACUGAGUUCAAGUAGCAGCAGUUUUAUUGUUGCACCGAAUUCAAGUAGCAACAGCUCUACUCUCUCACUAACUUCAAGUAGUAGCAGCUCUAUUGCCUUAGCAAGUUCAAGUAACAGCAGUUUUGUUGUUGCAACGAGGUCAAGUGACAGCACCCUUAGUUUAUCGUCGAGUAGCUCUGUAGUCGUACUGAGUUUAAGUAGCAGCAGCUCCACUGUCUCACUAAAAUCAAGCAGUAGCAGCUCUAGAGUCAUACCAAGUUCAAGUAGCAGCAGCUCUCCCAUUGCACUCAGUUCAAAUAGCAGCAGAUUCAUCGUUGCACCGAGUUCAAGCAGCAGCAGCUCUACUAUCUCACUAAUAUCAAGCAGCAACAGCCUUAGUGUCAUACCAAGUUCAAGUAGCAGCAGCUCUCCCGAUGCACUGAGAUCAAGUGGUAGCAGUUUCAUUGUUGCACCGAGUUCAAGUAGCGGCGGCUCUACUUUCUCACUAAGUUCAAUAUCAAGCAGCAGCAGCCUUAGUGUCAUACCAAGUUCAAGUAGUAACAGCUUUCCCGUUGCACUGAGAUCAAGUGGCAGCAGUUUCAUUGUUGCACCGAGUUCAAAUAGCAGCAGUUCUACUGUCCCACUAACUUCAAGUAGUAGCAGCUCUAUUGUCUCCGCAAUUUCUAGCAGCAGCAGCUUUAUUGUUGCAACAAAGUCAAGUGACAGUAUCUUUAGUUUAUCGUUGAGUAGCUCUAUUGUCGCACUGAGUUUAAGUAGUAGCAGCUCCACUGUCUCACCAAUAUCAAGCAGCAGCAGCUCUAAUGUUAUACCAAGUUUAAGUAGCAGGAGCUCACCCAUUACACUCAGUUCAAGGAGCAGCACUUUCAUUUUUGCACCGAGUUCAAGUGGUAGCAACUUUAGCUUCUCGUCAAGUAGCCUUGUUGUUGCACGGAACUCAGGUAGCACCAGCUCAACUGUCUCACUAAUGUCAAGGAGCAGCAGCUCCAGUGUCUUACCAAGUUCAAGUAGCAGCGGUUUUACUCUUGCACCGAGUUCAAGUGUCAGCAGCUUUAGUUUCUCCUCAAGUAGCUCCAUUGUUUCACUGAGUUCAAAUAGCAGUAGCUCCACUGUCUCACAAAUAUCAAGCAGCAGCAGCUCUAGUAUCAUAGCGAGUUCAAGUAGCAGCAACUCUACUCUUGCACUGAGCUUAAAUAACAGCAGUUUCAGUUUAGUGCCGAGUACAAGUAGCAACAGCUCUACUGUUGCACAGAGCUCAAGUAGCAGCAGCUUCACUGUUGCACAGAGUUCAAGUAGCAGCAGCUCUACUGCCUUACUUACCUCAAGUAGCAGCAGCUCUAAUGUCUUACCAAGUUCAAGUAGCAGCGGCUUUAUUGUUGCAUCGAGUUCAAGUGGCAGCAGCUUUAGUUUCUCAUCAAGUAGCGCCAUUGUUUCACCGAGUUCAAGUAGCAGUAGCUCUACUGUCUCACUAAUAUCAAGCAGCAGCAGCUCUAGUGUCAUACCAAGUUCAAGUAGCAGCAGCUUUACUGCUGCACUGAGUUCAAGUAGCAGCAGCUUUACUGCUGCACUGAGUUCAAGUAGCAGCAGUUUCAUUUUUGCAUCGAGUUCAAGUAGCAGCAGCUCUACAGCUGCUCUGAGUUCAAGUAACAGCAGUUUCAUUGCUGCACCGAGUUCAAGUAGCAGCAGCUCCGUUGUCUCAAUAAACUCAAGUAGCAGCAGCUCUAGUGUUUUACCAAGUGUAAAUAACAGCGGCUUCAUUAUUUCACCGAGUUCAAGUGGCAGCAGCCUUAGUUUCUCUUUAAGUAGUUUUAUAGCAGCAAGCAGCAGCAGCUCUAGUGUCAUAACAAGUCCAAGUAGCAGCAGCUCUCCCAUUGCACUGAGUUCAAGUAGCAGCAGUUUUAUCGUUACCCCGAUUUCAAGUAGCAGCAGCUCCACUGUCUCACUAAUAUCAAGCAACAGCAGCUCCAGUGUCAUGCCAAGUUCAAGUAGCGGCAGCUCCACUGUCUCACUAAUAUCAAGCAGCAGCUCCAGUGUCACGCCAAGUUCAAGUAGCAGCAGCUCGUCUGCUGUACCGAUUUUAAGUAACAGCAGUUUUAUUGUUGCAUUAAGUAUAAGUAGCAGCUACACUGUCUCACUAAUGUCAAGUAGCAGCAGCUCUAGUGUCAUACCAAGAUUAAGUAGAAGCAGCUCUCCCGUUGCACUGAGUUCAAGUAGCAGCAGUUUCAUUGUUGCAUCAAGCUCAAGUAGCAGCAGGUCUGCUCUCUCACUAACUUCAAGUAGCAGCAGGUCUAAUGUCUUACCAAUUUCAAGUAGCAGUAGCUCCAUUUUUGCAUCCAGUUCAAUUGGCAGUAGCUUUAGUUUCUCAUUAAGUAGCUCUAUUCUCGCACUGAGUUCAAGUAGCAGCAGCUCUAUUGUUGCACCGAGUUCAAGUAGCAGCAGCUCUAGUGUCAUACUAAGUUCAAGUAUCAGCAGCUCUCGUGUUGCACCGAGUUCAAGUAGCAGCAGCUCUAUCGUCUCACCUAUUUCAAGUAGCAGAAGCUCUAUUGACGCGCUGAGUUCAGGUGUCAGCAGCUCUAUACUUGCACCGAGUUCAAGUAACAGCAACCUUAAUGUCUCAUUCACUUUAAGUAGUAGCAGCUCUCCUGUUGUCCUAAAUCCAAAUAGCAGCAGCUCCAUUGUUACACUGGGUUCGAGUAGCGGUAGCUCUUCCAUCUCAGUAACGUCUAGUGGCAGCAGCUCAAUUGUUGCACCAAGCUCAAUUAGCACGAGCUCUAGUGUCUCGCUAAGUUCAAAUAGCAGCAGCGCUCCUGUUUUCCUGAUUCCAAGUACCAGCAGCUCCAUUGUUGAAUUGAGCUCAAGGAGCAGCAGGUCCACUGUCACACUAACGUCAAGUAGCAGCACCUCUAUUGUCACGCUUAUUUCAAGUACCAGCAGCUCCAUUGUUGAAUUGAAUCCAAGUAGCAGCAGGUCCACUGUCUCACCAACGUCAAGUAUUAGCAGCUCUAUUGGUAAGCUGAGUUCAAGUAGCAGCAGCUUCAUUUUUGACCCAAGCUCAGGUAGCAGCAGCUCUCGUGUCUUACCAAGUUCAAGUAGCAGCAGCUCCAUUGUCUCAAUAACGUCAAGUACCAGCAACUCUAUUGUCAUGCUGAGUUCAAGUAGCUACAGCACCAUUGUUGCACCGAGUUCAAGCAGAAGCAGCUUUACUGUCCUACUAAGUUCCAUUACCAUUAGCUCUCCUGUUGCAGUAAGUUCAAAUAGCAGUAGCUCUAUUGUUGUUUUGAAUUCAAGUAGCGGUAGUUUCAUUAUCUCACUAACUUUAAGUAGCAGCAGUUCUACUGUCGGACUGAGCUCAAGUAGCAGCAGCUCUGUUGUUCCACUGAGCUUGAGUACCAGCAGCUUCGUUGUCGCAAUCAGUUCAAGUAGCAGCAACUAUUUUGUAGCACUGCUUUCAAGUAGCAACAGCUUCAGUGUCUUACCAAGUUCAAGUAGUAUCAGCUCCAGUGUGGUAUUGAGUUCAAGUUCCAUUGCUUCACUAAGCUCAAGUAAGAGGAGCUCUAGUGUCAGUGGAAGCCACUCCAGUGUCUUGCCGAGUUCAAGUAGCCGUUUCUCAUCAAGUUCGGUGUACAGUAUUGCUCCAACCUCAAGUAGCCAACUUAUCCGUAUGUAUUACGCCAUUUAUAAAUUUGUCUCCCUUAAGAACAACAUAACAUGUCCCUGUCAGGUAGUUCAGAGAUGGUUCUGGGGUGAUCCUCAUAUCAAGACACUGGAUGGUGGUAACUACACUUUUAACGGNACUGUGGAGGUUGGUGGAAAUCUUUCGGUCUCAAUACCAGAGGAAAACUGUUUCCAAGUUUCUUUUCCGUCGACAUCGUCCGUGCAGUUCUGUGAGAAGAAGGAAAUGAUGUCGUUCGUUGUAACACUUGCUGAUAUCUUAAAAAACGCCACGAAAGGUUUGUUGGGAACGUGGAACGAUGACCCUUACGAUGACUUCACAUUGCCUGAUGGGAUGGUUUUGUCAUCUUCGUCAUCAUUAAAAGAGAUUCACUACGGAUUUGGGGUCCUAUGGAAAAUCAACCAAUUCCAGUCUCUUUUCACUUAUGCUGAUAAUGAAAGCGUGGCCAAUUAUUCGUAUCCUGUUUUUGAGCCCAUGUUUGUUGAUAACAUCACGUGGCAUAACGACAGCUUCAGAAAAAAAGCUGAAGCAGAAUGCGGCGAUGAUCAUGAGUGCCUGUUCGACGUGGCUUCCACCAACGACUUGUCUGUGGGCCUGGUGACCAAAGGUAUAAGUGUCCAGCUGGUGAAUGAGUCGAACACACUGGACAACUUCCCGCCUAAAAUAGUAAACGGUUCAAAUGUAAUAAAUGCCAUACUUAAUGAAACAGUUGAGCUGAAUAUUGCAGCUGUGGACGAGGGCACUAUCACGUUUCAAGUGAUUAACAAACCUGUAGGAGCCUCUUGGAACCAAACUGGAAACAUGCUGUCGUUUUAUUGGCCUGUAGCGUCAUCACAAAAGUUCAAUAUGACCUUUGUUACUACCGAUGACAAAGGCGCAAGCGCCAGUUGGAGUCCAACCGUUUGAAUGUGCGCCUGCCAACAUGACGGUCAGUGCGUGGAACCCGAAGAGUAAUUCUUUGCUGGAACGCUAAGUUAUUUAGUAUCAGGCAUUUCUCAUCAUACAGACUCUCAACUUAAGCUUACUGCGGCAUCUGGAGCGAGCGAGCGAUCGAGCUGAGCAAUAAAUCUAUUGGAAGAAAUUCUUUUAUAACCUCAAUAACUGUCACGCAAAUAUCAAAUUCACCGAUGAAUUUGAAGAGAACAGUACAAUCCCUUUCUUGGACAUCCUCAUCAAACGACACGAUCACACUUUCUCGACAUCUAUUUACCGAAAGAAGACAUUUACCGGCCUGUACACAAAAUGGGAUUCCUUCACACCUAGAAAAUACAAAGUAAACCUCGUCAGCACACUCACUUUUCGUAGCUUUCGCAUCUGUUCGUCACCUUCUCUUUUGCGAUCCUGUCUGGGUGAACUGAGGAAAUUGUUGCUACAGAAUGGUUAUCCUGCUGGAGUUGUAAAUUACAGCAUCAAUGAUGUUUUGAGCAGACAGCAAAACAGACCAAUUGAUCCAACCACCUCAGCUCUCAAAAAGAAAACAGUCUUAGUUUUACCUUUUUUAGGGAUGCAAAGUAAAAUUGUUACCAAACCACUUAAGACCUGUAUUAAAAAAUUUUAUG